AUGAGUAGGAAAAGAGCCGAGUCAUUAAAAAGUUUGUCACUUCCCAGUGCUACCCGCCCCCAGACCGAAAAAGAAAUGGCGACAAUGCAUAAUUACAGAGAAAGUGGAAUUCUCCUUCUUUCUUUAACCCAAUCUCGACAAGCUUGGACAAGUUCAAUUUUGAAGAAGUUUUCUAGCAAGCAAGAUGUUGUUUAUCACCCUGCUUUACCUGAAAAUACAUGUCAAGUUGCGAACGUUUCACUCCUGGGAAAAUGCCAUAUAACCAUAGGGCCCCAUACUUUUUAUGACACCAAGAUCUAUGAAGCUGUAUAUGAAAAAGAUGCAAAGAAUAUAGAAUUUCAAAGUGGAAGUUCACAAAGCCAGACAAACUCUCAAUUUCCAACGUUAAUUCAAACAACUUCACAUCCAUAUGUACAACUUAACAACACGCAAUCUAUAGUAGCAACACCCUCAUUAUCCAAUUCACAGACUUUACCAACUAAGACAAAUUCAUAUUCAGCAACAUCACGACCAAUACAACCGGCAAUACAACCGCGACCACUAUCUCAGUCACCUCAAUUGCAAGUACCGAUUCAACCACGAGUAGUAAUACCCAGGAUACCUACUCGUUCAACUCCUCCCAAUUCAAUUAUUCCGUCUUCUACAGUUCCAAUUUUAUCCAAUUCAAUCAUUUCAUCAUCUAUUUCAUCUUCUACUACUCCAACUUCAUCAAAUUCGAGUAUUCCUUCUUCUAUUCCUUCUUUUACACCUUUCUCUACUGCAUCACUUUCAUCAAACAUAAAUGUUCAAAGUAUAAAUGCUUUAAUGCCCACUAAUACAUCAUUAUCUACUAAUGGAAAUGUUCAAAACGGACCAAGGACUAUACCAUCACCAAAUUUACCCGCUUUACCUGCUAAUUCUCAACUCACAGCAUUAAUGCAAACAGUACUUCAGACUGUUAAUCCAACUCAAAUCUUGGCUAUUCAAGAACAUUUAAGACAACCACAGGCGGCAACUCAUAUGACUCAGGAACAAAAGAAUGCAUUGAUAAUUUCGAGAAGUAGACAAAUAGUUAGAUAUGAGGUUUUACUGGAAUUUAAAGAAAAUAAAAAUGAUAAAUGGUUAUUCCCGAAAGAAACGAUUCUGGAAGCUUUGUCAAUGUCAGAACCUUAUGAUGUUUUAGCUUCUUUUUAUCUUCCCCAAAAUGAUGAACCAACGAGUGGUAAACAAAUCCAUCAACCUGUUACUAUGCAUCUUACAAAUUUGACACAAGCGACAUGGGAUGCAUUACAAAAAGCUACUAAUGAUGUAGCAUCUGUAAUUCAAUCAAUGGCAACAAAGAUGAAUACCAAACCCCCUCGUGUAUAUUUACAACAUUGUUUACCCUGUGAUUACCCGGAAGAAUUAUUGGAGGCAAUCGGACAAAAAGUAUCCAAAUUAGAUGGAACAUUAAUUAUUGAUACGAUAACAUCGCCAAAAGAAAAAAAACGUAAAAAAGAAGAUAAAGAAAAGGAUGUAGAAGUGGAAGUAGUCAUUGAGACCCGCAGCAAGGAUAUUAAAGAUGGUAAAGAUAUAGAUACGGAAGUUCCUGAAAUUUCCGAAGGAAGAGCUACUAAAAAAAUAAAAUCAACAUCAAAAAAUACUGAAGGUGGCAGAACGACGUCAAGGGCAUCGACUUCUAGCGCACCAAAAAAAUCAAAAUCUGUACCUAAUCUAGCAGCAUCAUCUACUUCAGCCUCAAGUGGAGGCAAUAAAAGGUGUGCUUACUGUUUUUGUAAAACUACACCUAUGUGGAGAAGAGGACCUGACGGAGCUGGAACUUUGUGCAAUGCUUGCGGAGUAAAAUGGAAACAAGGAAAGAUUUUACAGGGACCAAAUGCUAGUCGAACUGCGGAGGGAGACGCAAAUAAUGCAGCAUCGAGUUCUAAAUCCCGAAAAUAUUCGUUAUCAGCAGUACCUUCAGCAAAAUCUAAAAAGAAGUCAGGUAGAUCACUUUCAAUGAGUGAAGGUGCGGGUGCGUUAACAUACAUUGGUAAUGAUGAUGGUCGUGAAAAGGUCUCAGAAACUUCAGGGGGGGGAUUUACAAACAGUGGUUCACAAAGGAUUGGGUUAGGCAAAAGAGCAUCUACAAAGAAAGCGAUUACAUCCACUGUUCUAGGUGAAUUUGCGGCGUCACCAGACGCUGAAUCUCCAGACAAUGUAACAAGUCCUUUACGUUCACCUUCGGUGAUUCCACCAUCAGGAUUACCAACACCACAAGUUACUGUAGUACCAACGACAUUAAUUCCAACAUCAUCACGUACCACAUCUAUAACGUCACAAGGAAUAGGAGUAGGAGGAUAUCCAAUUAAUUUAAAAUUGAAUUCGAUAUUAUUUGGUACUGGAGGAGGAAGUACAUAUUUUUCCCAACCAAAUUGUUCAGCUGAAGUUUUUGAAAAUUAUUUAAAAGUUAAAUUAACCAAAGAUGGAUAUGAAAAAACGGAAGUUGAUAUUUGGAAAGAAAGUAUUGAUUUUAUUGCAUUUGAAAAUGAGAGAGAUUUAGCAACAGGAUUCCCUAUUUUAGCAUUACAGGCACGCGUGGGGGAAUCAUCAUCAUCUGUCAGGAAUAAUGGAGAAAGUCGAGAUCUUAAAACUUUCUUAGAAAAAUGGCUUACUACAAAUAAUGUUAUUCUUACAUCGUCUCGUCGUAACUCUGCCGACUCUUCCGCUUCUACCGAAACAAUGUCAUCGCAAACUUCACCAAUUUCGAAUACUCCACCAACACCAAAAGAAUAUGAAAGUAAUUUGUCAGCUCUUCAAUCAGCUGUUUCUGCACUGGUUUCAGCUCAAACAGGAAGGACACAAUCUAUUGAUAGUGGUUCUAGAGCUACAAAUCAUAGGGAGUCAAAAAGAGUAGGUUCUAAACCUCCUCGACAACUUCAAUGUUUUAAUUGUGGUAUAAAAAAUACACCGCUCUGGCGUAGAACACCAGAUAGAAUGCAUUCAUUAUGUAAUGCUUGCGCUAUGGCAGAUAUACAAAUUCAAUGUGCUAAUUGUGGUCAAACCCAAACACCUUUAUGGAGAAAGAAUGAUAAAGGACAACCACUUUGUAACGCAUGUGGAUUAUAUGCUAAAUUACAUAAUAGAGAUCGACCGAUCGCUAUGCGUAAAUCUAAAAUUCAACGUAGACGUCGUGAUUGGAAUAAAUAUGGACAUAUUGAAGAAGGACAUUCUAAUGAAGAAAGUACAGAAACUUCAUCAUCAUAUUCAGGAACAAAUUAUUCACCCAAAGGACCUAUAACAUUACAUACGAUUCUUCCAAAUCAAAGACCUAUAGCACCUAUGACUAUGUCACCUAGUCUUAUGGCACCAGCACUUUUAACUUUAGCUACGGCAGCUACAUCAAUUCCUGGUUAUAUACAUCAAUCAUUUGAUGAUAGUGAUGAAACAAAAUUUAAAACUUUAGUUGAUCAAAUGUCUAAAAAACAAGUGGAAGAAGUACUAAAAGUUUUAGAGAGACGAUGUGAAAUUUUGAAAAUGGCAUUAGAAUCAUAA